CGGCGACAUCGACCAACUCGAUCUUCCACUCUCGGUCGACGUGGUGCGAGAGCGGCUGGAAUUCCUUGCAAGCAUUGGGCUAGAGAAGGCGCACAUCUUGAGUGAUCGACUACCUCGACAAGCUGGGAUUUACUCCGGAGGAGCUUCCGGCGUUGCUGACGCAGUUUCCGAUGAUCCUCUACUCCAGCAUCGCGAUAGAUUUGACGCCGAUCGUGGACUACUUGCUAGGCUAUGGGAUCUCUCUGGAAAAUAUUCCAAAGGUUCUACUACGCUACCCGGAUGUUCUUGGUUUCAAGCGAGAAGGGACCAUGAGCACAUCGGUGGCAUACCUGGUGAGCAUUGGAGUAAACAGUCGACAGAUUGGGCCGAUGCUUACGCGGUUCCCGGAACUUCUUGGCAUGAGAGUCGGGAACAACAUAAAGAGGAAGGUGGAUUUCUACCGUGGUCUGGGGUUUACAAAGGAGGAGAUAGCGAGGUUGCUAGAGAAGCAUCCUUACGUACUGGGUUUUGAUCUGGAGGAAAAUGUGAAACCAAAGGUGGAGUGUCUACUACAGGCAGGGAUCCAAGAGAAAGAGCUGCCAUCGUUUAUAGCUCGAUUCCCGGACGUGUUUGAGCUCGACUUGAGGGCUGAGCUCGCAGAGAAGACGGCCUGGUUGACGAAUGAAAUCUUCUUGCGACCGUCAGACGUUCCUCGAGUGUUUGAGAGGCUGCCUCAGAUGCUUGUGAUCAACGAAAAGAUGGCCGGGGAAAAGGUGAAGUUUCUGCAAGGAGCAGGAAUCAGCGCUGGUGACAUAGCAAAGAUGGUUGUCGAUUGUCCACAGAUUUUGGCGGUCAAGCUGGAGGAAACGUUGAAGCCGAACCUGGCUUUUUUCCAGCAGAAGAUGAGAAAGCCAUUAUCAGAGCUGCUGGCAUUUCCCGUCUACUUGACUUACGACCUUGCACGGAGGAUAAAGCCCCGGUACCGGAUGGUAGAGAGGAAGAAGAUCAAUUGCAGCCUUGCCUGGUUCCUGGCUUGCAGUGACGACAAGUUUAAGCGGAGGAUGAGUGUCCAGUUUAUGGAAGCUCCUCCUCAGGCUCAUACGGGCAGUGCAGUUUUCGACGAAGAGGAUGACGACGACGAUUCUGAGAUGGUUGAGGACACAGGUGAUAUAGGUGACGGCGAUGGCUAUGACAGUAGUGGAAGUGAAGGAGGAGAACAGGCUGGUCAAGCAUCUGUCCAGCGCAAGGAUUCAACAAGUCAACAGGCAAGCUCAAGGGCGAGUUAAUCUUGAAUUCCGCCAUUAAGGGUACGCACACGCUGCUAGCUACACAUCAACGACCGGUCCUCCCGUUCCGUUUCAAUAGCUGGGGACACCAGGUGGCGAGAUCUUCAAGAUGGCACUCGCUCUUUUGGGAAUUCUGGCUCUGGUCAUCUCCAUAGCAGCGUCGGCAACAUGGUCGGCUAUCACUCGGAAGUCGGGCAUAGAUCCAGUGGCGUCGCACUGGCCUCCAACUCCAAAGAUGGAAGGGGUGUUCGCGACAAACACACUGCUCCAGGAAUUGGAUGAGCUUGGUGUGGGAGAGCUUCCUGGUCCCGAAGAUAUUGCUGUGGACGAUAACGGCGUGCUCUAUACCGGCUGCGCUGACGGAUGGAUCAAGAGGAUUUUUCCCGAGACUGGUGAGGUCCAGAAUUGGGUACAGGUCGGAGGCCAUCCGCUUGGACUUGCGUGGGGACAUCAUGGAAAUUUGCUUGUCUGCGAACCAACCCGGGGACUGCUGAAUGUUACUGCUGAUAAGGCUCUUGAAGUUCUCUCCAAUGAAGCCGACGGUGUCAAAUACAAGCUAACUGACGGACUGGACGUUGCAAAAGAUGGCUCCAUAUACUUCACGGAUGCAACGCACAAGUUUGGCAUGAACACCUCUGACUUAGAUAUUCUUCAGGGUCGCCCGAACGGCAGACUUUUGAAAUAUGAUCCCUCAACUCGCACCACAACAGUCCUGCGC